AUGCACCUGCUACGUUUAUCUGGGUCGGGAAUUGAGCAUGCUGAACGUCCUGACCCUAUAGCUGGGCAGGAGAAGACGAGCGACUUGGGGUGCGUACAAGAGCAUCGAGGAUGUAGUGAAGAAGACCAGGAACACCCGGCUCACCUUUUCAACACCACCGUACUUCCUGCUUUGACCUAUGCUCCGGAAACCUGGGCAUUUCGCAAGCAGGAAGAAAACGCGGUGAGCGUCGUUGAACGCGCAAUUGAGAGAGUGAUGUUAGGAGUAUCUCGUUUCAUGCAAGUGAGGAACGGGAUUCGAAGUUUUCUCCUACGUCAGCGAUCGAAGAUUGGAGACGCCGCAGCGUUUGCCAAGGAAAGUAAAAUACGGUGGGCCGGACACGUGGAUGUGCUUUAA